AUGUGCACCACCCUCUUCCUGCUCAGCUUGGCCAUGCUGUGGCGCCGCAGAUUCACCAACCGGGUGGAACCAGAGCCCAGCAGAGAGGACGGGGCGGUUGUGGGCAGCAGCUCGGACACAGACCUUCAGUCCUCGGGCAGGGAGAAAGAACCUGUGAGGUAGGCCCUUGCUUCUUCAGGCUGCUCAGCUCUGGGGACUGUGACCCACUGGCCGGGACAGCAUGCAUGGGAGGCCAUGAUGCACGAAUAGCAGAGGCCCUGGGAACCACGCAGCUGUGCUAGCCGCCUUCCUUGCUCCACUGCUCAGGACCACGGGAAGAUCCCGGCGAGGAAGUCUAGUUCUGCUGGCCCAGCUCUGCCGACACAGAUGACCGUUUGUUCUCUAGAUCUCAGUUUCCCCACACAGUAAACAUGUUCCUUCUGCAAGGCCUGGUGCUGAGAUAUGAAGACCUGAUGACCGCCUGCGGAAACAGGCUGGCGAGAAAAGUGAAGGGACGUGGCAGAUGCUCUCCAGGGCCCCGUGGACUAUCCCCAGCAAGACAGCCUGUGAUGGACUGUGUCCGGAGGUGCUGACAAAGGUGUGCCUACGUGGUGAACAUCUGUGUAGUGUCCGUGUGCCAGGAUACAGAGACAGACUCGGGGCACCCGUCAAAUCCAACCAGAAACAACAAGAUGUAGGAAGCAGACACGAUGGUGGGUGGGCACACAAGACAGCGGCCCCAGGACUGUUUCAGCCUCUUGUCGGGUGCUCAGGGAAGGGAAACCAGAAGGUGAAGAGACAGCAGGACAUCUGUGGCGGCACACAGAAACAGAAGCAGCAGUGACAACUCAACAGGACGCAAAAAACACAAGAGAAAAACCGACUGCGCUUGACCAGCGUGAACUGACACAGGUGAAGACUGGGCGGGAACACGGGUCAAACAGGCGACUGAAGACAUGGCUGGGGUGCAGCUCCGCAGUGGGGUGCUGGCCCAGCGUGGACAAAGCCUUGGGUUCGGGUCUCACCACCACAUACAACUAACAAACAAACUGGGCGCCGCGGUGCACUUGGGAGGCAGAGACAGGUGGAUCCCUGUGAGUCUGAGACCAGCCUGGUCUACAGAAUGAGCUUCGGGCCAGUCAGGGCUAAACAGUGAGACAAAUGUCUGUCUCAAAAACAAAUGAAAGUCUGAGACUCGUGUCUGGAAUAGAUUUGGCUCCGAGGUGAUUGUAUCUGGAAUAGAUUUGGCUCUGAGGAGAAGAGCACAUGCUUCUCUGUAGAGGACUGGGAUUCGGUCCCAGCACCUUCAUGGUGGUUCACAACACUCUGGAACACCAGUUGUAUGGGAUCUGAUGCCCUCUUCUGCACUCGGAGGGUUCUCACAUGCACGUGAUGCACACAUAUGAAAGACAUAAAUUAAUUUAAAAACUAGAACAAAGGACUUUUACAGCCCAGGGGCUAGCGAGCCGGCACAGCAGUUCCGGGCAGCUCUUCCAGGAGAGCAGUUCGAUUUCCAGCACCGACGUAGGAGCUUGCAACUGCCUGUAACUCCUCUGCUGGCCUCUGGACACUGAACUAACGUGCACACCCCCACCCCCACAUACACAAGGAAAAAUAAAAUAGUUCUUAAAAGAACUUUUACAAAAAAAGAAAACCAAACAGCACGUGGGAGGCAGAGGCAGGCAGAUCUCUAAGCUCGGGGCCAGGACAGUUAGGGCUACACAGAAAAACUCUGUCUCAAAAAACCAAAACCAAACCAAACCAAAAUUUCUACAACUCAACAACUGGUUCAAAUUUUAAAAGUCAGGAGGUUUUAAUAGCCACUCUAUGAAAAACAUAUGCAUAUGGCCAAUAAGAGCAAAAGCAUCAGCAUGGCGAGAUGCCACUAUGUAGCUAUCACAAAGUGAGUAUGUGGGUGUCUGGAACCCCACAAUGUGACCACUUGGGAAACCAGUACAGUAGUGUCUUAGAAAGUAAUUGGAGAACAAAGUGCUGACAGCGGCUUUGCUAAUGAUAGUUCCAUACUGAAAAUAACCCAGAUAUCUAUCAACAGUUAUCAGUGAGGAAGCUGAGGUAGGUUUGAAUGGUGGAAUAACACUCGAAAACAAGAAGGAAGUGGGGUGUUUAUAUAAGAAGCAACACAGAAAAGUUAAGAGGGAGGACCUAGUUGGUGAUCACAGUUAUGAAAUGCUAGGACGAGACGGAAUGCAGAGUGAUGGCUGACCCAGCCAGGGCUGGGUAUGGAAACCGACUGUAAGGACAAAAGGCACGUGGGGGCUCAGGGUGGCAGAUGUGUCUUGACUCUUGACUUGGAUUAUGCUUAUAUGCAUGUGUUUGCAUACUGAAUCUAAGAGUACAUUCUGAACAUAUUUUAUACCUCAGUAAAGGUGGCUUACAGAGUAAAAGAAAAACAAGAAUGAACUAAAAACAAAUCAUUAUUUGCUCAUAGUCUAGCAGAAAAGCAAGCCAUAAGCAAAUGGGGCACAGGCUUCCAAUCCCAGACACC